ACGGUAAAUUUCCCUUUCGUCUCUACCUCGCGGUUCCCCUCUCUCCUCCCUUUCUACUCCGUACGUUUGUUUCCUAAGAUCCGACGGCCGAGAUCAUCCCUCAUGGGCUGGUUUCCGCGGCGCCCUGAAGUCCACUUGCUCCCAGCCAUCUUAAGCCUGGCUUUGCUCUUCGCCAUUCUCUACUUCGUGGAUGUAAACGGCGGGGGAGGAGCCCUGGUCCUUGUUCCCGGGAAGAAUCAGAGCGCAGGCACCACUCGGAAGCUCUUCGGCAUCGUGGGGGAGAGGAUGGGGGUGGAGUCGUGCUCCAAGGACGACGUGGUGGUGUACCAGGGGGCGACGGCGCCGUUGCCGAACGGGAUACCGACGUACACGGUGCAGGUACUGAACGUGUGCUCGACGGGGUGCGCGGUGGCGGACAUCCACGUGAGCUGUGGGUGGUUCAGCUCGGCACGUCUCAUCAACCCUCGGGUGUUCCGCCGGCUCGGCUACGACGACUGCCUGGUGAACGACGGCGCCGUGCUCCGCCCCGGCCAGUCCCUCUCUUUCCAGUAUGCCAACACCUAUCCCUACCCGCUCUACGUCUCCUCCGUCUCCUGCACUUGAUCAUAUAUCAUGCAUGCGCUUCCUUCUUCUUCCUUGUAGCGAGCUAUAUAUGUAGUUAAAGAUUGUGAUGGUGUUUAUGAAUAGUUGCUACGUGCUUGUCUUGUGAACCGUGGUUUUAGCAGUAAUAACUGAGUUGGAGGUGGAUGUGAUUUGGUGGAG